CAAGCCGUCAACCCCCGCUACACCACCAGAUAGAUUUCAUCUUCUACCAAAAACCACCGUCCCAUAGAGAAACGACCGUCAAGAGAAGAAAUAUAAGUAUAAUGGGUUUGAGCAUCAGCAAAUUAUUUCAAAGUCUCUUUGGCAAGAGAGAGAUGCGUAUCCUUAUGGUUGGUCUUGAUGCUGCCGGUAAAACAACUAUUUUAUAUAAACUUAAGCUUGGUGAAAUUGUAACCACUAUCCCUACUAUCGGCUUCAAUGUAGAAACUGUUGAGUACCGCAAUAUUUCUUUCACAGUUUGGGAUGUUGGUGGUCAAGACAAGAUUCGUCCUUUAUGGAGACAUUACUUCCAAAACACUCAGGGUAUCAUUUUCGUUGUUGACUCCAACGAUCGUGAACGUAUCUCUGAGGCUCAUGAAGAAUUGCAACGUAUGCUUAAUGAAGACGAACUUCGCGAUGCCCUUUUGUUGGUUUUCGCCAACAAGCAAGAUUUGCCAAAUGCUAUGAAUGCUGCUGAAAUUACCGACAAGCUCGGUCUUCACUCUCUUCGCCAUCGCCAAUGGUAUAUUCAAGCCACUUGUGCUACUAGUGGAGAUGGUCUUUACGAAGGUCUUGAAUGGCUCUCUACCAACCUCAAGAACCAGUAAACGAUUUAUACAGCUAACUUAUCCUCCGGAGGACGACUAUCCUUAAACUUCUAGUUAUGCAACCUAUGAUUUACUAUCCCUGCAUUUCCUAUGCUCUUUUCCUUUUUGUAUCGUUCUCGAUUCUGCUAUAGGCAUCUGUGCCCAUUGGGCUCCUGUUUUUGGAGUUUCAUUGUGCCAUAUGACUCCAAGUCCUUUGACUUUUAUAAGCCAGACAUGCUCCGUAUUUUAAUGCUUCUUGUUGGCUUCCAUACAUAAUUUGUUUAUGUUCAAUUUGAUUAGUCUACAUACGUACCAGCGUACCUGUACUGCAAACGAGUAGUUCAGGCUCGAUUUUAUGCAAUACAAGGAAGUUCCUAUUGGUUCUUUAGAAUUUAGAGUAUAAAAUUAUUCCUAUCCAAGAAGCAAAAGUACUUAUUUUUGCAAGACCUACAUUUUUAGUCAAAAUGGUUUCCUGUCACAAGAAUAACUUUACAUGUUCAGUGUGGGCAGUGCUUGAUAAUUGUAUCGUUUCUGAAACAGGUUCGAAAGCCAUUUAUUAACCACUCGUUUGUGUAGCAUUCUACUUGGUCUUUAAGCAAUGCUGCCAUGUGUGCGCCUUUGUCUGUCUUUCUUUUUGCGCAUAAUCGCCGAAUCGUUAGCACUAGUUGUUUAUCAUGAUACCUUAUACAUGUCAGAUUCGAAAUUUUAUGCACAACGUGCUAAUCUAGAUGUGUACUGGUUAGUGCAGACUGUGCUUGUUAACAAUUCCAAUUUUAGACAGGAGUACAGUUGAGGUUGAAUAAAAGUCGUGGACUGUGUCUUCCCGCCCUUAUCAACGCAUGUCGAUGGAAGAGUUGCAAAAAGUAUCGAAAGGAUUUAAAUCAUAGUGUGGGAAGGUCUCAACUCGUGGUACUACUUUAGUAUAUCCCGAGAUUUAUGAUUCCAGAUACUUCUCAUUAGAAUGGUCCCUCCUCGGAGUUUAUUCUAUUGUUUUUAUGUGCUUAUAUUAAGAUACUAAAUAACAUAUUGAUUAUGUCCGCA